AUGGUCGGCAUUGGACGUGGCGGUUUCGCAAACAGAGUUCUCUCUCCCAAGAUUCAAGCCAAUGACAUCCCUGAUUCUCCUGAACUCGAGGCUUCUCUUCGUGUUCCUUCUUCUCCUGCCCCUGUUCUUUACUUCACAUCUCCAGAACAGACAGUCCGCAGUGGCCGCGGUGGCUACGGUAACCGUAUCCCUGUUUCCAAAACUCAAGCUGCUACUCCCUUAGAAUACCUUGCUGAGGUCCAGAAUGCAGCUUCAGAACCCAAGACAUAUUCCAUUGGCCGUGGUGGUGCUGGAAAUACCAUCUUUAAGAAGAAAGAUAAUGUCAAACCUGUUCAGUCAGAAAAGUCUUUUCAAUAA